GUAUGUCGGGGUAUGUAGGCCGGAGCAGCGGUUACCAUUUUGCAAAUAUACACGGGGUUCUGGGUGUGUGGGGUUGGGACUGAAUUAAAGCGGGCUGACACCUGCCCGUGGCCAUGGAUUUGGAGGAUGAGUACUACCCAGACGGAGAGGAUGAUGGUGGAGCAACGCCAGUACAGGAUGAACAUAAUUCAGGCUCAGAUGAUCAGGAAGACUCAACUGAACAAUGUGCAGCAUCUGAAGGCAGCAGUGUAGGCCAUCACACUGAGGACGAAAGCCACAAGGAAGAUCAGAGUGAUGCAGAAGACAGUGAUGGUCCUGGCCGCCCACAAAGCAGAGAGGAAAAUAAUGUUAGCUCUGAUUCUGAGAGUGAAAAUAUCAAGAAAGUUCGCAGCAUUGAACCAUCAGAUGAUGAAGCAGGUAGUGAUAAAGAGAAUCAUUUCACAAAUGAAGGAAGUGGAGGAGAGCGUGAAGGGAGCCACGAUCAAAUGAAUGACACAGACAGUGAAAAGGAUGCAAAGGUGUCACCUGAACAUCAUGAGAGCAGAGCAGCCAGUGAUAAUGACAGUCCUCGCCCUCUCAGGGCUUCCAACAGUGACGAUGAGCAAGAGGAGAAUGAAAAAACAGUGAAAAGGAAGAAGCCAGUACUUUCUGAUAGUGAGGAUGAGAAAGAAGUCCACAAUAAAUCUGCAAAGAAAACUCGCUUGAUGUCGGACAGUGAGGACUCAGACAGUGACGUUGCACCCACCAAGAAAAGUGCCAUUGACUCGGAUAGGGAGGAAUCAGGUAGUGAAGCUGGUGAUGUAAAGAGAAAGCAGGCUGUCUCAGGAGGCCAGGAAUCGGACAGCGAAGCCGAUGUUGCUCCAGUGAAGCGUAUCGUUUCAGACGAUGACGAUUCUGACAGCAGUGCUGACGUCUCAAAGGCCAAGCGUAUAGCCUCCGAUGACGAUGACUCCGACAGUGACUCAAACACUCGUGUGAAAAAGCAGGUUGUUUCUGAUGCUGAGGAUUCUGAUAGCAACGUGGGUGUUAGGAAAAAACGGGUCUUCUCUGAUGGUGAUGGUUCAGAGAGUGAUUCUGCUCCAAAGGAAAAGCGCAUUGUGUCGGACGAUGAGGACUCCAACUCAGACAGUGAUACAGUUCCUAAGAAAAAACGCAUUCUUUCUGCUGGCGAGGAUUCUGACAGUGAUGCUGCACCAGGAAAACAAGAGUCCAAGGCCAUCUUAUCUGACAGUGAUGAGGAGAAUAAGCAGCCCUCCCAAAAAGCUGAAUCUGGUCUCUUUGGCAGUGACAGUGAAUCUGAGGAUGAGACUGGUGUUGGAAACUUGAUAGCUGACAUUUUUGGUGAAUCGGAUGAUGAAGGGGAAGAGUUUACAGGUUUUAACCAAGAGGAUCUAGAUGGUGAAAAAGCUGCACAAGAGGCAGAGAGGAAGAAAAUGGUUGCUGAAGAGUCGGACUCAGACAGUGAAGUCAGAAGAAAGGGGCUAGAUUCAGACUUUGUUUCUGAUUUUGAGAUGAUGCUGCAGAAGAAGAAAGAUCAAAACCGGAAGCGGCGACGAAAUCGGGAUGGCGGCACUUUCAUCAGUGAUGCAGAUGAUGUGGUUAGCGCUAUGAUCACCAAGAUGAACGAAGCAGCAGAGGAAGAUAGGCAACUCAACGGCCAAAAGAAGCCAGCUUUGAAGAAACUCACCCUUCUCCCCACAGUUGUAAUGCAUUUGAAAAAACAGGAUUUGAAGGACACUUUUAUUGAUAGUGGGGUGAUGUCUGCUAUAAAGGAAUGGCUCACCCCAUUGCCAGACAAGAGUUUGCCACAUCUCAAGAUCCGUGAGGAGUUGCUAAAGAUACUACAGGAGUUGCCCAGUGUGAGUCAGGAGACUCUGAAACACAGUGGGAUUGGACGUUGUGUGAUGUACUUGUAUAAGCAUCCGAAGGAAAAUAGAAGCAACAAAGAACUCGCUGGAAAGCUCAUCAAUGAGUGGUCAAGACCCAUUUUUGGCCUGACAUCAAAUUAUAAAGGGAUGACACGGGAGGAACGAGAGCAAAGAGACCUUGACCAGAUGCCAAUGCGGCGGCGUCUGAGCAGUUCUGGUGGACAGACCCCUCGCAGAGAUCUGGAGAAGGUGUUGACAGGAGAGGAGAAAGCACUUCGACCUGGUGAUCCUGGAUUCUGCGCAAGAGCUAGAGUACCAUUGCCAUCAAACCGGGAUUAUGUUGUUAGACCAAAGUGGAAUGUAGAAAUAGAGGCAAGCAGGGGAGCAGUAAAGAAAACAUUGAAUCGUCUUGACAAGCAAAUGCGUCGAUUUCAAGACAUCAAGAAAAUGACUAAAUCGUCUCGGGCAGUAAAAAUCAGCAUUGAAGGCAAUCGCAUGCCUCUGUGAUGCUUAUUUAUCAGUGACCUGGAGCUGGUGAAUGUAGUCCAACAGCUUACGUACACAAUUGUGCGCCCCUAUCGUCCAGCCCAGUGGAAUCAAUAUACCUCCUCUGCUCUCUUCUGUUUUCAAGCAUUCUUUUCAAGUGAUUUCUUUUUAAAGUCUUGAAAUGGUGAACUAAAGUUAUGUCAUAUCUGAGCCCCAGAUAUCCAGUCACUGUUUCUGACCACAGCAUAUUUGAUAAACCCAGUCUACACAUCGAAUGGAUGAGUUUACUUCAUUGAAGACUGCAUGUAUAGAGGUUGAAUGAACUCCUCUUACAAAAUUACAUAGGCGCCCAGUAGAGGAUGAACACAGCUGUCUGGCAUUAAGCCAAGUUGUCCAAUUAAGUGGAAACCAGGGGGAAAAGGACUUCAUUAAAUAUAGACAUGUGCUGUGUUUGAAUUUAUGGCUUGAAUCGUGUGUUGUCUCUGCGAGUUCAGCGCACAUCUGGCAUUGUUCUGGUCUUUAAAUCUUUCGGUAAGCUCUCAGUAACUGGUUGGUCUGUAAGUGGUUUGUUAAAGGUUGGGCUGAUUGUCUUGAUCAAACAUAGAUUGUGAUGAAAUAUGUGACUGUAGACACAAGUUGUAUUUUUUAAACAAAUAAACCCCUCUUUGUAAAGGUU